GUAGAACAAAGGGGAAGUGAAUGGAAGGGGAAGCAACAGGCCAGAGAGGAGGCAGGUGCCUGCACAGGCAAGGCCUGCAGACAAUGACUGGAGCCAGGAUGGACAAGAAAAAAUGGCACCCAGAGAUGCUGAUACCUCUGCAGACAACAAUGGAGGUCCCUGACUGGCCCUACUCCACUCCACCUCAUGGUCCACACAACAGAGUUGGCAUGGUACUAGGGAUGCUGGCUAUCCUGGGACUCGGCUCUGUGACUCUCACCUUGUUCCUGUGGCAAGGGCCCACUUCUUUCACCAGUCCCCAGAUGUUCCCUGAGGAAGUGCCCUCCUGGUUCUGGGAGACCCUGAAAGGAGACACUGAGCAGAAUAACUCCUGUCAGCUCAUCCUUGCGGAAAGUAUUCCCGAGGACUUGCCGUUUGCAGCCGGCAGCCCCGCUGCCCAGCCGCUGGCCCAGGCUUGGCUGCAGCUUCUUGACACUGCUCAGGAGAGCGUCCACAUUGCCUCAUACUACUGGUCCCUCACCGGACAGGACGUUGGAGUCAAUGACUCAUCUUCUCAGCAGGGAGAGGCCCUUCUACAGAAGUUUCAACAGCUCCUUCUCAGGAAUAUCUCUGUGGUGGUGGCCACCCACAGCCCAACAUUGGCCAAGACAUCCACUGACCUCCAGGUCUUGGCUGCCCACGGUGCCCAGAUACGACAGGUUUCCAUGAAACAGCUUACUGGUGGUGUCCUACACUCCAAAUUCUGGGUUGUGGAUGGGCGGCAUGUCUACGUGGGCAGUGCCAACAUGGACUGGCGGUCCCUUUCUCAGGUGAAGGAGCUUGGCGCUAUCAUCUACAACUGCAGUCACCUGGCUGAAGACCUUGAGAAAACAUUCCAGACCUACUGGGUGCUGGGGACUCCCCAAGCUGUUCUCCCUAAACCCUGGCCUCGGAACUUCUCAACCCACAUCAACCGGUUCCAUCCCUUGCGGGGUCUCUUUGACGGGGUUCCCACCACAGCCUAUUUCUCGGCCUCUCCUCCCUCACUCUGCCCCCAUGGCCGUACCCGGGAUCUGGACGCAGUGUUGGCAGUGAUGGGGGGUGCUGGCGAGUUCAUCUACGUCUCAGUGAUGGAGUACUUCCCUACCACGCGCUUCACUCACCCAGCCAGGUACUGGCCCGUGCUGGACAAUGCACUACGGGCUGCGGCCUUCAAUAAGGGUGUGCGUGUGCGCUUACUGGUCAGCUGCUGGUUCAACACAGACCCCACCAUGUUCGCUUAUCUGAGGUCCCUGCAGGCUUUCAGUAACCCCUUGGCUGGCAUCUCAGUGGAUGUGAAAGUCUUCAUUGUACCUGUGGGAAAUCACUCCAACAUCCCAUUCAGCCGCGUGAACCACAGCAAGUUCAUGGUCACAGACAAGACAGCCUAUAUAGGCACCUCUAACUGGUCAGAAGACUACUUCAGCGGCACCGCCGGUGUGGGCCUGGUUGUCAGCCAGAAGACCCCUAGUGCCCAGCCAGCCGUGACCACCGUGCAGGAGCAGCUGAGGCAACUCUUUGAACGGGACUGGAGUUCCCACUAUGCCAUGGGCCUGGACAGACAAAUCCCGAGCCAGGAUUGUGUCUGGUAGGGCUGAGGGUUGAUCCCUUUGACUCUGGCUUACAGCUCUAGGUGGACGCAGAUACCCAUCAGGCUUCCGUCCACCCAAGCUCAGAAACUGGGAAAGCAAAAGGCAUCUCCCGGGGCCUGAGAUUGUCACCAGGCAAACAGCUUCUGGCAGAGCUCUAAAUGGCUUUUAAAUGAAGAGGAGACUAAAGCAGAGGAGGGCACACAGUGACACGGAAAGAAAGCAACCUCAUCUAAGUGACCCCAGAACCCAGUUGGUCCUCCCUGACCUACCUACGAUGAGGGUCUAGGGCCGUCCCCAGAUGUAAUGUUGGUGCUGUCUGGCCACAACCCCUAAUAAAACCCCACCACCAGCUUGCACACCUGACCCAGGUCAAAGUGAG